AUGGUAUUCAACGAGCCAUCCGUUGAAGGGCAAGCGAUAAAGGAGCCAGAAAGCAACACGGGCGAGGCGAUUGAGGAUGGUUUCCACAUGACUACGAAGCAAACCCUCUCGUUCUCCGCGAUGAUGAGCCUCAGCCUGAUGGCUGCACUUGAUGGCUCUUCGAUCUCUGUCACAUUGCCGGCUAUCGCCAAUGAUUUAGAUGCUUCUGUCAUAGAGGCCUUUUGGACAGGAACUUCUUAUCUCUUGUGUUGUGCCAUUUUCCAGUCAGUCUUCGGGUCUCUCUCUGGGCUUUUUGGUAGCAAGAUCUUCAUCCUACUGGCUAUACUAUUUUUCGCCGUUGGAGCUCUCGUGGCAGGCACUGCGCACAAUGUGUUUCGUCUUCUCCUCGGUCGGUCCUUGCAAGGAGUUGGAGGCGGUGGUUUGAUCACCCUGACCGGUGUGAUGAUUGCAGAUUUUGUUCCUUUGAAAGAGCGCGCAAAGUACUUUGGCAUUCUCAGUGCUAUGUGGGCUCUGGGCUCUGUCGUUGGCCCUGUUAUUGGCGGAUGCUUUGCAGAGAAAUCAACCUGGCGUUGGAUCUUCUAUAUCAACUUCCCUUUCAUCGGCCUCGGGGCUAGUCUGCUCGUCUUUUGUUUCCCAAAUUCGCAUCGUACCGAUACAUUCUGGGUUCAACUCAAGCAAAUUGACAUUCUAGGAAUGUCUCUGUUCAUCCCGAGUAUCAGCUUCUUUCUGAUCCCCCUCUCUUGGGGUGGAAUCAUGUACCCCUGGGGUUCGUGGCAAACAGUAGUCCCAUUGAUUGCCGGGGCUCUAGGUCUCGUCGCUUUUGCAUCGUACGAGUCCCGAGGUGUUUUGCAUCCGCUGAUUCCACCGGUCCUGUUUCGAGAUCGAUCCAGAGUUAUUUCUCUGCUUGGUUUCUGUGCCCUCGGCUUUUUGCUCUGGUGUGGCCUGUACUAUCUCCCGCUCUACUAUGAGGCAGUCCAGGGAUACAACCCUAUAGUCACCGGCGUGGCCCUGUUCCCUGCUACAUUAACUGUAGCUCCCAUUGCCGCCAUCACAGGAUUCGCCAUCACCGCAACCGGUCGAUGCCGAUGGGCUAUUUGGGGAGGUUGGACGCUGUCGACCCUAGGUUUCGGAAUUCUCUGUCUUCUGCAAGUCGACACGAGUAUUCCUGCUUGGAUCUUCCUGGACCUCGUGUCUGGCAUUGGACUCGGCAUAGUUGUUCCCGCUGUAGCAUUUGCCGUUCAGGCCUCUGUCCCAACGGAACUCGUGCCACAAGCCAUCACCCUUUCUACUUUCUUUCGGAGCUUUGGACAGUCGCUGGGGGUUGCGAUUGGUGGUGCAAUCUUCGAGAACCGCGUUAGCGCGACCCUUUCAGCCAAUCCACAUCUAAUUGCGCUUGCGAGUCAGUACAGUCACAACGCCUUUGGUGUAAUCGCGCUGCUGCAGAAGACGGACGAAGAAACUAGAUACGAGAUUCGAUCUGCGUACGUGGAAAGCUUGCGCACUGUGUGGGCGGUUGGCUGUGCAGUGUCGGGCCUUAGUCUGAUUGCAAGUCUGUUUAUCAAGUCUUGUCGGAUUAGGUAG